ACAAGCAAGCAUUGACAUCUCCCGUCUGUGAGUGCCCUUGCUUGUGAGCACCGGCCGGCCUCAAGUUCUUGCGCGUCCCAGGAAGGAAGAGAUGGCCUCGCUGCCUCUCGGCAGCACUGCGGGUGUCGUCUGCGACCAGCUUUUGGUAGAAGCCAAUGGCUAUGCGCGGACACUGAUUUUGAACCGGCCAGAGCAGCUGAAUGCACUCUCCUCCGCAAUGAUUAAGGCACUCUUGAGGUGUUUCACUACUUAUGAGAAAGAUGAUGGAGUUAAAUUGUUGAUAAUGAAGGGGAAAGGAAGAGCAUUUUGCUGUGGAGGUGAUGUUACUGCAUCUAUACAGUCAAUACAUAAUGAGGGCUGGAAAUGGGCUGCUGAUUUCUUCCGAAAUCAGUAUUUGUUAGACUACAUAAUUGCAACUUACACCAAACCUCAGGUUUCUCUUCUAACUGGAAUUGUCAUGGGUGGGGGUGCUGGUGUUUCUUUACAUGGAAGAUUUCGAGUUGCCACUGAUAAGACGGUUUUUGCAAUGCCAGAAACAGCUCUGGGUCACUUUCCGGAUGUUGGGGCCACAUAUUUUCUCUCUCGGCUGCCUGGGUUCUACGGAGAGUAUGUUGCUCUUGUUGGUGCUAGAUUGGAUGGUGCGGAAAUGCUUAAGUGUGGUCUGGCAACUCAUUUUCUCCGGUCAAAUAACCUGCUAUUGCUGGAAGAAUCUCUUAAAAAGGUUGAUACUUCCGAAACUUUAGCUGUGCGUCGUAUUAUUGAUCAAUUUGCUGAGCAGCCAUCACUGAAAGAAAACAGUUCCUUGAAUCGGUUGGAAAUCAUCAACAAAUGUUUUUCCAAAAGGACAGUUGAAGAAAUUAUAUCUGCUCUGGAGCAAAGGGCCUCAAAUUUGGCUGAUGAAUGGGUUGCUGCGACAAUCCAGUCCUUGAAAAAGGCUUCUCCUACUAGUCUAAAAAUCGCCCUGAGAUCGAUAAGAGAAGGGAGAACACAAACUAUUGGGGAGUGUUUGCGUCGGGAAUAUAGAAUGGCUUGCCAUGUUGUGCGAGGCGACUUCAGCAGAGACUUCUUUGAGGGAAGCAGGGCUAUACUGAUAGAUAAAGAUCAAAAGCCAAUGUGGAUGCCUCCAAGGCUGGAACAAGUGCACGACGAGGCAGUUGAACAAUAUUUCUCCAGAAUUGAUGAUCCACAGUGGGAAGAUUUGAACCUACCUACCAGACAUUCCCAUGGAAGAAAUAUUGAGUCCAAGCUUUGAAUGAAGAUUUGAAGUGUUGAACGGAGCCUCGGUGAUGGUCAGAAUAAAACAUCUCUUAAAGUUUGUGUAGACUGCAUACUACUGAUAAAAUGUAACUAAAUAUGCCUUAUAUGUCAACUUUUAUCACAGUAGAAACUCUUUGCUAUUUAUCUAUACACGAAGUUGUACACAUUUUAGAAUAAUUACG